AUGGCUUCAGAGCUGCCUGUUGCUCCUGCUAAUAGUGUUAAUGGCCCCUCUGUUGCUCUUGCUUCAAAAGUUGUUGAAAUCAUCCGUUGGAUCCCUCCUGCUCCAAAUUGGGUGAAGCUCAACUUUGAUGGGUCUGUCCUCUCCACCUCUGGUGCUGCUGGCUUUGUUAUUAGAGACUCUUUUGGGGUUCCCUUAGUUGCUGGUGCACGUAGACUCCAUACUUCCAGUGUUCCAAUUACUGAGUGUUGUGCUCUUAAAGAUGGUCUCGUUGCUGCCAAAAGGUUCGACUUCAAGUCUAUUGUGGUUGAAGAAGAUUCUCUCUUAACGAUCAAUUGCGUUACGAAUGUUUGUGAAGUCCCUUGGCGUCUCAAAUCUGAUGUUAAUUAG